AGCGGAAGGGAAAGGGCGUGGGAGGGGAAGGUGGUCCAACUGUGGUAGGUACUUGAUGGAGAAUACUACUCCGCCACCCCCGCAAGGACAGCAAACUCCACCCACGUACGAGCAACCUCUACCUGCUUACCUGCAGCUGAUGGGGGGAAUUUACCAUCCAUCACUGUUGGCACCGUACGGGCUUACCCCGGUUCAGCAGCAGUUCGCACCAGCAAUUCAUCAAGCACCGACAUUCUACCCAGGACAGGCAUCGACUUCUGCUAAUGGGCAGUAUAAUCAAGGGUUUGGACGUGGAAUCGGGGGGAACUACCAACCGAGAGCUUUCUUUACAAGGGAGCAUGCAGACUUUAUUGACAAGCUGAAAAUCAAGGAUGCCAUCGAGGAGGCGCGAAAGAGAGACAUAGAAGAGAUAGCAAGGUUAAAAUAUCUGAGCCGCGAGUCUAUUAGACAGAAGGAGAAGAGUAGGAAGGAUGGGAGUAUGAAGAAGCAGGGUGGUAAAGACAAAGGGAAAGGUAAAGAGGUCGAAGAAAGGAAGGUUGAUGAUAUGAAAAGAUGGGUGGCAGAGAACUUUGAGAAUUCUUUGAAAAUACUGACAGAAAAGUUGGAAGUGGUUGAAAAAAAGUCAAAACUAGGGGAAAGUGAGGUGGAGGAACUAAAGAGAUUGAGAGCUGAGAAAAAACUAAGAGAGCUGAGGGAAAGCUCGAGCAAUGAAAAAAGGAAGAGGGACAUGGCACCGCCAGGGCGGCCGCGAGUCGGGAGAACCGGAAAAGGGGAAAAGGCUAAGGAUGUGGCAAAGAAGAAUGAGGAACCUGAUCUGGCAACGGGAAAGGAAACCGGGAAGGAGGAUCUUGCCCCUGGCCUGUAUUUCAGAGACAGGGUUGUCUAUUACUACGCUAUGCAUUACACUGAGAUUCAAUCUCUAUGCAAGAAGAAGGGCAUCCCGUACAAAAAGAAAGAUGGGGGUGUAUGGGAAUUAGCGAGACUAGACUUUGAGGUGUUGCAGAAGUUAGAGGAGCAGAAGGAAGAGAGCAACACGACUGACAACGAGACGAGUGAGGACAGCAGCGAGCAUGAGAGCAGCUCGGAGUCAGAGAAAGACUAUGGACAGGACGACAUCGCAGGGAUUUGAACGUGCCUUAGUAAAAUAACCCUCUUGAG